AUGAGGUUAUUUUUCCUCUUGGCUCUUCUUGUUCUACAGAUUUCUUCAAGAUUUUUCGAUGUAUGUCCCGGAAGAAGGCAGUCUAUCGGAGGUGAGCUAUUUUUUCAAGUUUUCCAGAGAUUAUCGUGUUUUUUUAAGCGUGUCUGGUAGGAUUGUGCCCAGCUGGAUCCGAAUGCAUUAAUUCCUAUUGCUGUAAGUCGCUAGACCUCCUAUGAUAGUCAUAAAUUGUUAAUUUUCUAGGCAAGAACAAAAAAUCUGGUACCACACCAUUGGAUCUAGCUGAAGUGGAUACUGAUGAGACAUCCGAGUUUUCAUCCUGUCCGACUGGUGGCAAGUCCAUAGGAGAAUGCAUAUCUAGUUCCUGCCCGUUAGGAUAUCAGUGCAGUGCAGGAUUAUGUUGUGGUAAGAUUUUCUGUUUUACCGGGAAAAAAAGUUUGUACAUUUUCAGAAUCUGGAACAUCUGGUCUCAAAAAAUGGUCCCUCAAAUGUAAGUAGAAAGUGUGAUAGCAAUAAUUAGUUUGUUUUUCCUUUUCAGCCAAGAAAGAAGAGGAAGUCCCAAUGAAAUCGUCUCCAAUUAGCUUGAUCACGGUGGCACCUGAAGAGGAAGUGGACACGGAGACCAAGAAGAAAAAGGAGAAUGAAAAUGAAGACGGAUCGGAGGAGCAGAACUCGACAUUCGCGCCGGAUGUGAGCGAGAGGUGUUGUUUGGAAAAACAAGUAGAAAUUUACCAGAAGGAAAUUGUGGACGAAGAGGAUUCGGAGCUAGAGGAGGAAGAGGAGACGAACUCCACCACGUCGACUUCCACCACCACCGCUACCACCACAACGGAACCUUCAUCUACCACCAGCGAGUACAAGAGAAAACUGAAGAGAGUCAAGUGAGAGUUUUCCCGUUAUGAAAACAAUUUCGAGACUUUCAGAUCUAAAAAACCAAAAACGACAGUAAGAACGACUACAACAACGACGACGGAAGAGCCAACAACGACGACCGAAGAAGUGACAACGACCACGGAAGCUGAAGAAGUGACCGAAGUGGAAACUCUUCCACCGACUACUGAUGAAGUCACAGAGCCUCAUUUUGUUUGUCCAGUUGGAGCACCCAUUGGAGGUACUUUUUUUCGUUUUUAAGACUAUGAACAGAACGCGAUUUUUUUUCAGAAUGUAUAGCAAACAAAUGCCCAGAAGGUCACGGCUGCGUAGAAGGACAGUGUUGCAUUCUAACUCCUCAGAUCAACUGCACAGACACUCUUGCCGGAUGUCUUGUUCAUCUUUGCGACCGGAAGGGAUAUCGCCAAUUCAUGACGAACAACUGCGCAAAGACUUGUGCUAGAUGUCAUUUAGUCAAUAUCGUGAGCAAGCAGUGUUGUUCCUCAAAAACGCAAAUUUUCCAGACACCAAGUGAAAUUCACGACUGUCGAGAUCGUCGAUCCGAUUGUGAAGAGUGGGCGGCCGAAGGAUUUUGUGAGAGCUCUUUGUACACCACCCGACAGAAGCUGAAGUUUUGCGGGAAGAGCUGCAAACUGUGUUAA